AUGGCCGCGAGCCAGGAUAGCGUUUCCUUCGAUGCGAUCAUCCAAGCCGAUCGCAAGAGAAGACGCAACGAAGAACUAGCAAACAAGCUCCUGAGCAAGAAGAAAACGACCAACCCGCCUACGAAACCGACAGGGAAGACGCAGAAUGUGAAGCCAGGCAGCCUGGCAAGUCGGAUCGGAGUAGCGAAGCGCUCCGCAUCGUCUACUCUACCGGCCAAAACAACUCCUUCAAUCCCAGCGCCCGCGCGACAGGGUGCCCGACAGAACGCAAGGCCAUCGAACAAGCGCCGUCCUGAUGAGAACCGCCUUCUUUCUGCGCUCAAUCCCGCGAGCGGCCAGGCUAACGUGCGAAAUGGAGGUGGACUGUCGAUCAAGGGAAAAGGGUCCGGGCCAUUCGUUGUUGUCGGUAGCAACUUCGCGCCAGGGACUACGGCGGCCGAUAUUCAAUCAGCUCUGGAACCUGUUUCCGGCCCGAUAUUGCGCUGCUGGGUCACUGCGCAACAUCCUGUUGUCACAGCGGAGAUUACAUUUGCAGAGAGACAGGCCGCAGAGGGUGCCGUUGCCAACUUUCACAACCAGAGGGCCGACGGUCGGAUUCUCUCAUUCCACCUAAAGCAACCUGCGAACCCCGAUCUGUUUGAGCGCUCCAAUGCCCAGCCCGCCGUACAGAACUCCCAAUCGUUCAGUGACCUCCGCGAGCAAGCGGACCGCGAUCGCCGUUCUCAUCGCUUGGCCGAUGCAGCUGUCCAGGACGGACGGUGGGGAUUUAAUGAUCAGAACCAGGCCGGCCAAGGCCCAUCCAGGGGCAAUCGCAGAAACCGGGGUGGUCGGAAGGCAAGGGGCGGAGCACAGAAUACACAAGAAACAGGCCUCUAUAGCGAUGAGAUGAUGGUCGAUGCACCUCAGCAGAACCAGCGCAACCGGGGCAGGCGGUAA